AUGCGGCGGCGGGGCAGAAGCUGCUGCUGGGCGCCGGGAAGAAGCGGGACUUGCCGGCUGCCGCCCCCGCGCCGCUCCGGGGCCCUUCGCCCUUCGCCCGCCUGCCGGCGCCCGCGGCAGCGCGGCGGCUCUGCGCUUGCUGCCGCCGCCGCCCGCCGCCGCCGCCGCCCCGCCGCCCACCGCGGGCUCCGCGGAGACGGGGAGCGGCGGCGGGGAGGCGGCGGCCCGCGGCGGCCCGGAGGCCGCGCUGGGGUCGGCUGCAGAGCUGCCGCUGCUGAAGCUGCCACCGGCCGCCGACCUGGAGCAGCUGCUGAUCCAGGGGGCGCGGGGCUGGGCGCGGGCAGCCCGGGGCCGACGGCGCCCGGGGCGGGGAGCGGCGGGGCGGCGGCGGCGGGGCCGUUCCUCUACCGGCAGCCGGUGACGCAGGAACAGGAGGGUUUCGCCGACGGCUUCGUCAAGGCCCUGGCUGACCUGCACAAGCAGAACCAGCUCCUGACCGCCGCCGCCGCUCUCCGCGCCGGGACCCUGCUGCACCGCCCGCCCGGGGCCACCGGGAGCCCCCGCCGCUGCCGCCGCCGACCCUCCGGCCGUCUACACCAACUUGAGCGGCUUCAACCCCGCGGGGCCGCUGAGCCCCUCGGGCAGCGCCUACCCUCCGCCUCCGCCCCGCCACCGCCGCCGGGCCUGGCCUUUGGGGCCGCGGGUCUGGGGAGCGGCCGGCUGCCGCCGGCGCGGUCCCUGGAGGAGCCGCAGACGGUGCCCGAGGCGCCGCCGUCGGCGGGCGGGGAGGGUGGCAGCAGCGCGCCGACGCCGCCGUCGCUGUCGCCGCUGGACGCGGAGAGCCAGGAGCGGCUGAAGGCAGAGCGCAAGCGGCUGCGAAACCGCAUCGCCGCCUCCAAGUGCCGCCGGCGGAAGCUGGAGCGCAUCGCCCGGCUGGAGGAGAAGGUGAAGGCGCUCAAGGGGCAGAACGCCGAGCUGGCCGCCACCGCCAACCUCCUCCGCGCCCAGGUCACCCAGCUGCAGGGUCGCGUCCGCAGCCACCUCUCCUCUGGCUGCCACAUCAACGCCGCCGGGCAUCCUCCUCCUCCUCCUCACGCCGCCGCCCAGCCGCGGGAGACUCCCCCCGAGGCGGCCGCCGCCGCGCCGGAGACCAGCGCCUGCUGAGGAGGGACACCCCGCCGGCCCGGCCCAAGCCCGCCCGGGGGCACCGCGGGGCCAAGGUGCGCGCCUGCUGCCGCCCUUCUGCUAUUAUUAUUAUUUUUAUUAUUAAUAAUUAUUAUUAUUAUUAUUUAUUUGCGCCCGGAAAAGGCGGUUUUUUUUGCGGGAGCCGGGUGUUGCUAAGCGUUUCCCGAGUUCUGUCCAUGUCGCAUUCAGCAGCGAGGGUCUCCGUGGGUGGUUCUGGGGCAGGUGGUUGUUAAUUUUUCAGUGAAGUACUUGAGGUCUGUAGAGAUUUCCGAAAAUAAGAAAAUUACUGUUUACAGAAAGAUUCAACUUUAUUUUCAUGGGGGAUAUAAAACGUGUGUUUCCUAAUACACCUUACUGAACUGUAUAGCAAUGGAUAAGCUUUUCAAACUUAAAAAAAAUAGCCAGAAUCGUACCUUUUGAAAAGAUGUGCGUGUAUAUAUAUAUUUAAAACAUAAUAUGGCUAUGUAUAUUUUCUUGGUAUUGAUAAAGAACCUUUUUUAAAAUACUGUCUUUCUCUAGAGCUUUAAUUUGCCAUUGAGAGUUAAGACAGCUGUGUGGGUGCUCUUGCACUUACAUGGCUUUGAUUUUCAAAUUGAACCCUGGAGGGAACUGAUUUUUGUUUUAAAUCUUAAAGCAGAUUGAAAUGCAUUGCUGACUCAGUCAUAGGAAAAUAGUUUUCUAAACCUGUAUGCUCCAUAUUUCUUGUGCCAGUGCAAACUUGGGGCAUUGAUAGUUAUUUAUUGAAACUUGAACACUUUUUGGACGUUGCCUAGACCUUAUUUUUCUAGAUAACACGUUAGUAGAGAAAAUGGUUACUUUGGCAAAAAGAGCUUUACUUUUCUUUUCCUUCACUGUGUACAUUCCAGUAGUGUGUGCUCUUUCCAUAGUAUAGUAACAAUUCAGUGCUAUACAGAAAAGGGCUCAGAUUUGGGGUGGGUUAGCUGUAAAGGUGAUAAUUCCGUUGUAUUCUGUUUGAAUAAAUCACAGAAAUAUUAUGGAGAACUAGAUUUAUUUUUCAGUAGAAAUCUGUGUAUCUUGCUUCUUGGUCUACUUUGUUCUAAAGAAACUUUCUGCAAUACUCUAGAGACAGAGUCAAUGCUAGAAUGUGAAGUGUUUUUCUGGUUGGGAAGAUUCGGUGUGAUUUAUUUAUUUAUCGAGAAUUUACUAGUAGAAGAGUAUAGCAAAGGAACUAUUUCUUCUGAUUAGACAUAAUCCUCAAUAAGUUUUUGAAAGCUUUAGGUCCCUUGCUCGGUGCCACUGCCUUCCAUGCUUCUGCUGCACCUGUGUUUUUUGAGCAUAGCCGCUAGCGCAGCGCUGCCGAGCCCUGUGGCAAUGGUGCGGUGGGAAGGGUCUGUCGGAGUGUGACGGUCACCUCGCCAGAUGCCCCUCUGUGCGGAGGCCGCGGGCCGGCCCUGCCACUGGGGAAAGGCAGGGCUUCUCCUGAGCAGAUCCAGCUGCAGUGUGGGGCCCUCUUCCCUCGCUGAAACUGUGCUAAAAACUCUGCUUGAACUCAGAGGCAAAUCUUUUCAUGGGGAUAUGUGUCUGUGCCAGCUGGUGAAAAGGGGUAAUCGUAUGAGGAGCCAAGAGGGCAUAGACAUCUCUAUGUGUACAGAUCUGUUAAAGCCACUCAGGAGCUGGUAAACAUCUCUUACCUCUUCUGAAGGCUACAGCUGAAAUUCAGUAAGAAUGGGAUAGACUCACAGUUUUUCAUGCUUUUACUGGGGAUAUGUGAGUGCUAUCUGUUCAGAAAGUUGAGCUGCAGCAAUCAAGUGUAUGAGCUUUUCCUUUUAGUGCAGUCGUUCCUGGCACAUGUAUGAAGUUUAUGUGAGAAUGCAUAGUUAUGCUGUUACUGUAGCUGAGAUGGCUCCGAGGAUAUUUCUUUUCUUAAUGCAUAUGCAAAUUAGGUAGAAGCCAUAUUAAUCAUUGUAUAACUGUUUGAUCAUGUCACCAGAGCCUUUUUUGGUGGUUGAAAUGAUUGCCUGUAACAGUACAUUCUCUUGUUAGAAUUACUAAUGAGCAGAUAAAAAAAUAUUUUGAUCUUAACGCAGGUUCAAAGACUUCUUCGGGGCAUUCUGAACCAUACUGCAUACAAUCUGUAGCACUGCCUGUUACAUAAUAACUGGGUGAAAUUUUAUUUUUUUUUUCCUUUGGUAGUCAUCAUCCAUCUGCAAAGAUGCUGCAAGUUUGAAGAAACUGAUAAAAAACUUAUUUUCCCCCACACUUUAAACUUUUCCCUAGUGAGAAAGGUAAAGCUGCCUGGUGGAUGUGAGAUACUUUACUGCAUAUGUAAUGACGUGGGGAUUUUUUAGGGAAUCCUGGAAAAAAUCAUAAGAAUUUUUGGGUGAGCACCUCUAUUUUGGUCCUUGUCUUUCUAAAUGAGUGUGAGUAUAGGGCUAGGUAAAGAUCUUGUGGUAGAACACAGAAAAACGAUAAAUGCAUCUGUGCAAUACUUUGUACUUUCUGCUCAUAAUAAAUUAGCAAUAUCCAAGCAACAUGGGGGAUCCAUAAGGCAUGGGAAAUCACUGCAGUUCCCCUUCCCAGACAUGGGCAAGGCUUUAGUGGGCUAUAGUCUAGCAGGGUUAUAAUGAGCUCCCCCUUUCCAGUAUGGUAAUGUUAAAGCUGAAAAUCACCCCACAUUACCUCACUUGAGUUUGAACUUUCUGCAAGAGCAAGAGCAGUCUCACACCCAGCAUCUCAAAGACCUCAUGUGGUAACUUCUUUGAUAGCCUGCUUUCUGUUCUAGCUGACAUCUGUUCAGUGGUAGAAGUGGUGACAGGCCAUCUCUCUUACCCUGAUGACUGAUGAGAGAUUACUAGUGAGGCUGGCAGCUCCAGCUCUCUGCCAGAGGCUGCUGUUCUGGUAGUGGAGUUGUCCAAAAGAAGCGUGUUUUCUGUGGAGUGAUCAGUUACCUUCAUAAAUGCCUUUUUUAUCUGGCAUUUAGGCUAAGAAACAGGAUCUAACAGUGACAUGACCAAAAUUUGAGAAUAGUGUUGGGGUGGUUGGAUUUUUUUUCCUGCUCCAACUGGUUCUGCUAGAGAUUGCAGCAUUUUUUGCAGAUAUUUGAGUGGAAAGCCUAAGCACCUAACACUUUAAACCAAUAUAAAAAGACUCAGGAGUACUUACCUGCUGCAGCUGUCAGACUUGAUUGUUCCUGUCUUCUAAAACGUCUCAAUACUCUGGCUUUUAGCCCUGCAGUGUUCCUAAACCUUUAAAUAUGGCUUCUCUAUUUUGUGUGCCUUUUUUCUUCAGUUUGUUGUUAAACAUAUGUGUCUUUUAGGUUUUUUGAUUUUCUGCCAAAAACUUUGGUCACUGUGAGACAUUAAAAGAUAGAUACUGGGCAAAAAAAUUUCAGACUGUUUAUAUGAUUUGUAUUCAUGUAGCUCCUUUUCAGUAACUCCAAGCAAGUUGGCUGUGUGUUACUGUAAGGGAAAAAAAAAUAAAACUACCAAAACCCCUCAAAAACAAAACCCAAAGAAGCAAACAAAAAAAUUUAAAUCCCAAAAUAAAAGUUAUAUUCACUGUUAGCUCAGUGCUUUUUAGCAUUUUUCUUCAUUCUUCAAAACUACCAUGCUUUGUUAUACUUGUGCACGCUAUUUUCUAGUCCUUGCAAAGACUCAUGCUGCCUGACUUGAUUUGCAGGCUACCCUCAUGUCCUUCUAAUCUGGUUUUCAGUCCAGAUGUGAACCCAUGACAGACAUCCCUCUUUGUUUCUUUGCCCCACGUGUAAUCUGCUCUGGAGACUAAAUAGUCUCCUCCUUUUUCUGUUUUGGUUGCUGGAUGCUUGCUCCUGUGCAUAUCGUUUUUUGCCCAGCAAUUUUUGAAUGUGCUUGAACCAGUAUCUUCGUUUAGAUGUGAAGUGCCUUCUUAUUUAGGUGCUACAGCAAAAGGGUUUGAUUCAUACAUGGAGUUGAUUUAUUUGACUUGUUAUCAGAUCUUUUCUGUCUUGGGAAGUAGGAGGGGGAAUGUUUUCAGUAAGAGAAGACUUGUUCACUCCUUCCUUGGGCAGAGAGUGGACCCCCCAUCAGAUCUGGCCCUGCUUGGUGUGAGUGCAAGAAAGCCACUCUGAUAACACCGACUCAAAUGAUGCCAUUGCUAUGAAAGUUAAUUGGUUUGGUCUCCAGUGUAGUGAAGUCUGUUGGAAUCACAAGGUCUCCAGACAGGUCCAAGUAGCUGGUGAGUUGUUCUUAAAACUUAAUGUGAUUCCAGGUUGAGCCCAUUUGGUUUGCUUAGAGAGCCUUUCCAAAAGCAAAUACUUUGCAUACUUUGAGAAUCAUAGGUGUUUGGACAUAAGUCCUUAUCAUGGUGAGGAGCGAUUUUGGUGGUGAUGGUCAUGUUUUCUGUUAUAAGACUUUGAUGGUCUUCCAAAGGGUAAAUAUCUCAACAUAUCUGGACUCUUGACUGUAUGUCAGUAGUCACCACUGACUAUCAUGCUCUAUUUGAGAUCAAGGGUGGCUCUAUGACAGUUCUCUGUCAUCUUGGUUUGUAUAUGUAUCUUUACAGAAGAAAGAGUCAUGAGGCAUCCUUCAUUCCUUUAAAUAUCUGAUUGACUCUCUGUCUCACCUUCAACAAAGGAGUGACCUCCCCAGGUUAAGUCCUUUGGCAUUCUGUGGCUGUUAAAGUGGAAAUUGAUUUGGCAAUUAAUUUUUAAUCAGUUAUAUAAGUAAUUGAUGGUUCCCAAAAUACUGAGUAGUAUUGUUGGAUAGUGUCUGAAGUACAGGUGCAUGCCAGGUCUGAAUUACUAGUUGUGCUGAAAAUAACAUCUUGGCUGCCAUAACUGGAGUCUUAACUGUUUGAAUCUAGCAGCUUCUUAGAGAAAAUUUUUCUAUAUUUGAUAUUAACAUGCAAGAGGAAAAAACCCAUCUGCUUGUAACAUAGGUCAUUCUUUGAUGCAUUUUAUGUGUCCUGCUUCUGGAAUGCAAGUUAAAAAAGGAAAAGCAAUGAGUAACAUUUUCAUUUAUUCAUAUGUGCAGCUGUAAUUGCUGCUGGAUAAUUUUGCUCUUUUCUUACUUGAUUCUCCAAGUUUCUAUGUUUAGCAAGUAGACAAAUUGGAGUAUGACGUGUCUGUGUACAUAUUUGAUUUGUACAAAAUCACUUCCAUUUUUCCAGUUUUUUGUUUGAAGUUUUGCUGUAAGAAUGAGUGUUGAAGAGUUCUUAUCCUGUUUUGAUGCUUGUUGGUCACUUCCUUUGAUCAAUAGUGACGGCUGUAGUGACUCUGUAGUCACUGCUCAUCUUCCAGCAGAGAUGGACAGUAAAGUCUGUCAGGGAUUCACCUCUUUCAGUAUUUGGCAAGACCUGUAUCAACAAAAAAAAAAAUCUUGGAUAGAAAGCUUUCACAGUGCAUAGUAAUCCUGCAAAUGUUAGCUCAUCCUUCUCACACCACAGUCACUUGCAUCAGGGUUUAGUGUAUCUGAUGAAGAAUGAUAAAUGUUCUUGUGAAAAAGUGCAGAAUCUGAAGUUUGUAAGAACGUUGUUAAUCUUGCCGCACAUGGUGCAACUUUACUAUGAAGAUGUUGAAUUAAAUCUGAAUAUAUGGAGACUCAGGCCUUUAUGGUAAAUUAUGGGGGACAAGAGGUUUUAGUAAUUCAUGAUUACUCCUCUCCAGUGUUUCAGAGAUCUGUCUCUUUUUAUCCUAUGAAGUGUCUUGCAGCUGUUUGUGCUGUGAAGCUUCUCUCUUCAUAACAACUCAGUAGCUUGGAGGCGGGACAGAAGCAACUUCUCCAUGAACUGGUGGUGUGUGACAAGCUAAAUGUAGGUUUCUGAGAAACGCUGCAACAGUGAGUGCACAGUGGAGAACCUGCUGUUGUUUGUGUGUUGCUAAAAGAGUCUAGAAAUGUAUUCACAUAAAUCAUAACGAGACUAGCUUCCCAAGUUACCAUCCUGUUGCCUUGCUUCAGGCAUUGAUCCUUGCUGUUUGCCUUAGUCUGGGAGCACUUUUUCCUUAGCUAUUGCAUACCUGAAGGCUUACUUUCUGCAUCACCAUAGUCACAAACCGGAUCUCUGCUUGGAUGUUGAACAGUUGGCUUCAAAUGGGUCAGUCAAAAUGCCUUGCUCUAGUUGUCUUUGAA